AUAUCUGACAACGUUACAGCUACAGGUGGCAGCAGGUCCUCUCUGCGACAGGUUAAUGAGAGGGUUGUAAUAGUCCAGGUCCUGAAUGCAAUCUUAAUUUACAUUAUCUGCCUGCUCAUCUUCACCUUCUUCAAAAAGGACACAUUUCGCUCAAACACACAUUACGUUUUCUUUGCUCACACACUGCUGGUUGACUGCCUGUACCUAAUCAUGACUAAUAACUUGCUCCUCAGUUUCUUUGCAGUCCCCAAAUCCUCUUGCUCCGGGAGGAGCGGGGGCUGAUAACCCAGGGAACACUCAAAGGGCGAAAGACCCGUGGCAGAGCAGGUAAGGGUGUUGCGGGCGUAUUCGACCCACACUAGUAGCUGGCUCCAGGUGGUGGGGUUGGCGGAGACCAGGCAGCGCAGAGUCGUCUCCAGGUCUUGGUUGGCUCAUUCCGACUGGCCAUUGGACUGAGGGUGGAAACUGGAGGACAGGCUGGCCGACGCCCCAAUGAGUGUGCAGAACGCCUUCCAGAACGGGGACGAGAACUGAGGACCCCGGUCGGAGACAUUGUCCACUGAGAGUCCAUGGAUCUGGAAGACGUGCUGCACCAUGAGCUGGGCCAUCUCUUUGGCGGAGGGUAGCUUGAGGAGAGGAAUGAAGUGGGCGGCUUUUAAAAACCGGUCCACAACUGUCAGGAUGGCAGUGUUGCCAUCAGACGGGGAAGACCAUGACAAAGUCCAGGGAUAAGUGAGACCAGGGACGGUGAGGAACAGGCAGAGGUUGGAGGAGACCAGCCGGAGCUUGCCGAGUAGUCUUGUUCUGCGCACAGAUCGUGCAGGCGGUGACGAACGCAGAAACGUCAGGAACCAUGGUAGGCCACCAAAAGCGUUGUCGCACAAAGGCCAUGGUCCAACGGGAGCCCGGGUGGCAGACAAGCAUGGAGGAGUGAGCCCACUCCAGGACCGCGGAGCAGACAGCAUCAGGAACAAACAUCCGGUUAUCUGGGCCCCCCCGGGGUCCGGCUGGGAACGCUGCACCUCCCGGACCUGCUUCCCUAUUCCCCAACUGCGUGCCGUCGCUAAGCACGAGGUGGGAAGGAUGGUUUCGGAUUCCGGGGGUGUAGCCACGGGGCUAUAGCGGCGUGACAGCGCAUCUGGCUUGACAUUCUUGGAUCCCGGUUGGUAUGAGAGGGAGAAGUUGAACCGGGUGAAAAGCAGGGCCCACCUAGCUUGCCUGGAAUUGAGACGCUUGGCGGUGUGGAAUUAUUCCAAGUUCUUGUGGUAUGUCCACACAAUGAACGGAUGUUCCGCCCCCUACAACCAUGUCCCUCCACUCCUCCAACGCCAUCUUCACCACGAGAAGCUCACAAUUCCCCACAUCAUAAUUCCUCUCCGUGGUGUUGAGGCGAUGGGAGAAGAAGGCGCAGGGAUGUAACUUGAGGUCCAGGGCCGAACGCUGGGACAGGACCGCCCCCACUCCGUCAUCCGAAGCAUCGGCCUCCACCACGAACUGGCGGGACGGGUCAGGAUGAACCAAGAUGGGAGCAGUGGUGAAACUGUGUUUGAGGUCCCAGAACGCCCGGUCAGCAGCUGGGGACCAUGUGAACGGAACAUUGGGAGAGGUGAGUGCAGACAGGGGUAAGCCAGGGUGAUAUAACCCCGGAUAAAGCAGCGAUAAAAGUUGGCGAAUCUCAGGAAACGUUGCAGCUGCACUUUGGAUGUAGGCUGGGGCCAAUCCACCACCGCUCUCACCUUCCCGGGAUCCAUCUGUUCACUCCCUGAAGCAAUGAUGUAGCCCAGGAAGGGGGUGAUGGAGCGAUGGAAUUCGCAUUUCUCCGCUUUCACAAAAAGCUGGAACUCCAGGAGGCGUUGGAGGACCUGUCAGUUGUAGAGCAUGUGUUCUUGGGCGGAGCGGGAGAAAACAAGGAUGUCAUCGAGGUAGACGAAGACAAACCGGUUCAACAUGUCACGGAGAACAUCAUUAACCAGGACCUGGAACACAGCUGGAGCAUUGGUAAGGCCAAAUGGCAUGACCAGAUACUUGUAGUGACCCAUGGCCGUGUUGAAGGCAGUCUUCCACUGGUCCCCCUCCCGUAUCCGCACCAGGUGGUAGGCGUUACACAGAUCCAGUUUGGAGAACAUGGAGAUGAAUGGUAGCGGGUAGCGGUUCUUCACCGUGAUGUCGUUGAGGCCCGGUAGUCGAUGCACGGGUGCAGGGUUUUGUCCUUCUUCUCCACAAAGAAGAACCCUGCGCCGGCGAGGGAGGCAGAAGGACAGAUGAACCCGGCAGCUAGGGAGUCCUCAAUGUAGGUCUCCAUAGCCUUGGUCUCCGGACCCGACAGCGAGUACAGUCGUCCCCGGGGCGGAGUGGUGCCUGGGAGAAGGUUGAUUCCGCAGUCGUAGGGACGGUGCUGCGGAAGCAAAGUGGCCCAGGCCUUACUGAACACCUCCCGGAGGUCCUGGUACUCCGUGGGAAUGGCAGAGAGGUCCGAAGCAACUUCAGAGCCCCCAGGAAAACAUCCUGUGGCAGGCUGUGCAGACUUCAGGCAAUGAGCGUGGCAGAACGGGCUCCAGCCCAUGAUGGCACCAGUAGACCAGUCAAUAAAGGGGUUGUGUCGCUGGAGCAAAGAGAAACCCAAUACCACGGGAACCUGAGGAGACUUAAUUAGCAGGAAUUGGGUCGUCUCGCUGUGGUUCCCUGAUACUCGUAGGUUGAUGGGGGUGGUAUUGUGGGUGACCUGGCCUAUAGAGCCCCUGUCCAGCGUUGUAACAUCCAUGGGAAUGGAGAGGGGCUGAGUGGGGAUGCCCAGCUCGGACGCCAGGGUAGCGUCCAUAAAGCUCUAAUCGGACCCAGAGUCGAUGAGUACCCAGAGAGAUUGCGACUGGUUCCCCCACAGCAAGAUGGUAUGAAAGGGGGUGCAAGUAAGGGGAGAGGAAAAGUUAUCCGUAUGGCUCACCAGAGUACUCGCUCCUAACGGUGAGUCUGGUCUUUUAGUGGACAGGUGAACACAAAAUGACCAGUAGUCCCGCAAUACAGGCAACUCUUCGUGUUAAGCCUGUAUUGCCGUUUGGCUGGAGACAGCCUAGCUCUGCCUAGUUGCAUCGGCUCGGGAAGAGGUGAAUCGGCAGACUUCGGAGACUCUCAGGGGAACUCGGGUAGCCUCGGGUUCUCUCGGCAACGGAGCUGUUGGGGACUUCCAGGAUGUCUCGGAGGCGAGGUGGAAUCCUUGGGCGGGCGAGUGGAAUCGGACUUCCUCUCCUUCCUUCGUUCCGGAAGUCGCCCAUCAAUCCGAAUGGUCAAGGUGAUGAGCGAGUCAAUAUCCGUCGGUAGUUCCCGGGCUGCAAGCUCGUCCUUUACUUCUUCUGACACUCCGUGCAGGAACGUGUCGAACAGUGCUUCUGGGUUCCAGGCACACUCAGCUGCCAAUGUGCGGAAAUCCACUGCAUAGUCUGCCACACUGCGGGAUUCUUGCCGAAGCUGGAGUAACUUCCGGGCAGCCUCUCUCCCGGACAAUGGAGCAUCGAAAACCUUCUUUACCUCCUGCAUGAACUCCUCCAGAUUGAAGCAUACGGCCGACUGUUGUUCCCACUCUGCCGUAGCCCAGGCGAGAGCCCUCCCGGACAUCAGCGUGAUGAGGUACGCUAUCUUAGAGCGGUGUGAGGGGAAGGAGGAUGGCUGCAGCUCGAUGAUGAGCGAACACUGAGCGAGAAAUGCCCGACAGGUUCCCGACUCUCCAGCGAAGCGUUCCGGGGAAGGUAUGCAGGGUUCUCAGGAAUCCGUGGUGGCCGGGGAGGCCGCGCUGCUAACCGCCGGGUUACUGAGGGGCUGGGAGGUUACCGUCGUGGUAGGCUGCCUAACAGACAACGGAAUUGCGCCAGCAAUGUGUUAAACACUCGGUCAUGGCAUUCGAACAGGUCUGGAACCCUUCCAUGAGACCACAAAGCAACUCCUCGUGCCUUCCAAUGGUGGCUCCUUGGGAGGAUAUGGCAUUACGGAGCUGGUCUGAGUCUGCUGGGUCAGUCAUGGCCAGUUUGUACUAUCACGUUUCAGGACAAGACCCAGAUGCAGACAGUGUAGAAGUAACAAACGUUUAUUACAAAAACAGGGGUCAGGCAAAUGACAGGUCAAGGGCAGGCAGAGGUCAAUCAUCCAGGGUGGUGUGACAAGGUACAGAAUGGCAGGCAGGCUCAGGGUCAGGGCAGGCAGAAUGGUCAAAAGCGGGAAAACUAGAAAACAGGAACUUGAGAAAGACAGGAGCAAGGGGGAAAACGCUGGUAGGCUUGACGAAACAAAACAAACUGACAAACAGAAAACACAGAUAUAAAUACACUGGGGAUAAUGGGGAAGAUGGGUGACACCUGGAGGUGGGCGGAGACAAUCACAAAGACAGGUGAAACAGAUCAGGGUGUGACACCCCAUGCCAGUUGCAGUGUGUAUUAUCAUCUGUGUGUUUAUGAGUGUGUUGACCUUUGCCACACCACUGACACUGACAGCCAUGAGCCUGGAGCGUUAUGUGGCCAUCUGCAUGCCCCUGUGCCACGGAGAGCUCUCGACUGUACGCAGAUCCAUUCACUUCCUGAUCAUCCACAGUGUCAGCUCCAUACAGACCAUCAUAAUAAAACAUUAUUUCAUCCCCACAUGUGAAAGUGAGAUUUUCACAGUUGGAGUUUUCUUACAUGUGAAACUGCAAAUUGGAUAUUUACUAAGUUCACAUGUGAAAAACAAUGACGUAAAAAUCGAAUUUGAGGUUUCAUAUGUGAAAAAUGUUCACGUGAAAAAACAAUGAUGUUUUUCACAUAUGAAAUGGAAAAUUAGAUUUUAGCAUGAAUGUUCAUCACGUGAAAAUGCAAUUCCACACGUGAAUGUUUUUCACAGGUGAACCUGUAUAUCUGAUUUUCACUGCAAUUCACGUGAGGUGUCACUGAUCCCCCCAGUACUGCUGCUCAUUACGUUCACCAGCUCUGGAGGUCUACGUCACCGGCCUUCUAGGCAUCAUCAUUACCACCAACCCCGGACUGUCUUGUCUCAUUACGCAUACCUGGUUCCCAUUCCCCCUGAUUAGUAUGUGUAUAUAUGUGCCCUCUGUUCCCCAUUGUCCUUGUCGAUUAUUGUCCCAUGUCCGUUGGUCUCGUGAGUACUGUGUAUUGUGCUCUUGUUAUUACGGGUCUCGUCCUGUGUAUUGUGUAGAGGUUACACCUCGCUCUUUUGUUUGGGUUACAUCCCUUUGUUAUAUAUAUACACGUGUUUGUUUUGGGCUUCGUCCCCGUCGUUUUCCAUGACGUACCUUGUGUUGGGUGGAGUAAUUAAAACCCCAAUACGUAUUCCUGCGCCAGUCUUCUAAUCAUUAUACAACGUGACAUGAGGUUAAAACAUGUUAUUCUACUCACGUGAAAAGGUGGUGUUAACAUGUGAACUCUAAAUGUAAUACAUGUGAAAACAGCUAUUUCACAUGUGAAAAUACGAUUAUCACAUGUUAAACUGCAAGUUUUACAUUACUUUUUUUGUAAGGGUUGCACACAUGUGUAUGUCAAUACUGGAACUUAUGUUGAUCAUGGUUGCUAUCUGCCAGUAGAUGCACCUAGGUCAUUAGUAAUUCAAGCCUACACCUGCGUAGUAGUACACACUACAUCUACUUUGUCAUGGCACCGGGCCCUCAGCUGAUGGAGAACAGUAAAAUCAACAGUCAGGAAAUGCAUUUGCUACAGAUUAACAGGGAGAUCAACCGAUUCUAAAUCCUGUUGGUUCACACAGCAAUCAUGCGUCAUUCAAGCAAUACUGUGCCGGUCUUGACACCUUAACACUGCCAUAAAUUAGAGAGGAGGAUAAUAUAUCUCUGGCCCUCUAGUAUGGUGAAAGGAAUGCAUUUGUUUCAGAGAAUUUUUGCUGCCCAAAAACUUCAACAUCCAACAAUGAACAUUGGGACAAUAUAUUUCAACAUCCAAAUGUUGGGAAUGAUGAGAAAUGGAAAAUUAAUGUAUAUUUUGUGAUGUCAUUAAAAAUGGUAUAAAGGCGUUAUAAGGAAAAUAUUGUGACUUGAAGAGCUUUUACACUGUGGAUAUCAGGGUUACAUCCUUUACCUUGUGUAGAAAAUAUCAAGGAGGAAGACAAUGUUUUCGUGAAGAUAGGAAUGUGAUUUUAGCUUUCUAACAAGAUCAAAGUGACGAUAAUACUUUUGCCUUGUAACUAGUCACGCAUGAGGAAGCUCAGAGAGCCUGUCAGUAUGACGGAAACGCCCCUCUUUACCAGAGUGCAUAAAAUAUUGAGUUAAGAAUUAUCAGAUCAGACUAGACGGACCUCAAGCUGCAGCGAGGUCCAUAUUGGUCCCGACCCUGAAAAUCAACACGAGGUGAAGAUGACAAAGUUGCCUCCACUAACAAUCAAUAUUACGGCUGAGUAGCUGUUCUAAGUACUGUAUCUAAGAAGGUGAAUUUAAGUGGGACCAUCCUGUUACUCUCCUCAAACCAUCGUCUACUACACUGCUCUCAUCACCCCACAGGGGAUCAUCGACACGGCUGACUAGCUGUCCUCAGAAGACCACUUCCAGAACGAGUGAAAGUAAACAGACAACUAAGAAGAAGGACAUUGUGACCUCUUGUGGACAAUCUGGUCCCACGGGGGACCAGUAUGAAAAUGUAUGCACUCACUAACUGUAAGUCGCUCUGGAUAAGAGCGUCUGCUAAAUGACUAAAAAUGUUUUUUUUUUUUUAUAAAAACAUCUGAGCCUUACAUCUAAAAGGCCAUCUGAAAGAGAAAGCCCAAUCGACCCCUUCCCACGAAGGCCUGGGUCCAACAGAGAUACACGACGAAGACCUCCAACACGUAAAUACAUGCAUUACUUCUUACCAAACGGGUGGCAGUUCGGGGCAAGAUAUUAGGAUUACUGUGAGCUAAGGUCCAUGUGUAUCCAAGUGUUUUCUCUCUCUCUCUUUAACUCGCCAUCUUUUGUAACAAGUGUCAUAUUGUGUUAGUCCGCUAGGGACCCUUUUUCGUUGUAUUAAAUUUCUAAUCCCUACCUAUACCGUGUAUGUGGUUGUAUCUUGUGUUAUCAUUUUUUAUUAGUUAGUAAAUAAAUAAUUAAAUCAAUUUGUGUGGUACGGAAUGAUAAGUAAGUCCCGGGUUCGUGCAGACUUAAAGAGUCUACGACUUUCAGAAUGAGACUGAUACGAGGUAAAUUAUUAAUAAAUGACUGUUAAAUGACAAGAGAUAUCUAGAUAUCUUUAGAGUUAAUUCGGGAAACGGUAACUCGUUAAACAACUUUUCCCGUGGUGCCCCAAAUUACUAAUGAGUUAAUUGUUACGUUAUUAAUUUAAUCUAGUAACAAUUAAACAUAGUAGGUAAUUAUUCGAUAAAUAAUAGUCAUCACAAUAAUGAAAGUCACGUCACAACAAAGGUUUGGCACUCAGUGCUGUUGUCCUAGCUAGGGCCAAGAGGAGGAGGAGACUGGGCAAGAGUCGUGUUCGACAUCAAUGAACCUUUUAGAGAUAUAUUGACGGUAAUCGGUUAUAGUGAUUAUACAAUAGUUAUUGUUGGGUAAUUGUUAUUAAAGAAUUACAGUAAGACCACCUUCUCAUGUUUAUUUCAGAUUCUGCUGAAAUUCUUUAUGGCCUAGUAAAAAGGAUUUGUGUCUUAUGAUGGUCGAUGUUGGUACUGACAAAUUACUAUAUGGUUUUAUUCAAUGUUUGUGUUGACAACUUUGUGAUUGGCAUUGCUUUACAUUUUUAUCCUCUUUCUAAACAGGAAAUACGAUGCCGAAUACAAGCCAGGGCAGUGAGGGAAGUGAGGGCAGUUUUGAGCUUCCGACGGCGCAAUACCAAAGACCUCUGAAUGAAAAAGUGGUGAUAGUCCAAGUGUUGAUUGGCAUCUUCCUCUACAUCAACUUCCUCAUGAUCGUCACCUUCUUUAAAAAAAGAGGCCUUCAUCACCAACACAUGAUAGAUAUUAUUUGCUCACACGCUGGUCUGUGACAGUAUUCUGGCUCUGACUGAUGUAUUGCUGCUGAUGAGCUACUCCAGGGUACCAAUGCCAGGUGGGCUAUGUUUAUUUCUGGUUGUGAUCAUAGAAAACCUGACCGUUGCCACACCGCUGACACUGACAGCCAUGAGCCUGGAGCGCUAUGUGGCAAUCUAGUAGAGUAGAGCUGGUAUGUGUCUCUUUGGACGUGGGCCUUACUUUUUUUUAAACCAUUUAUCCAUUUUCGAGCAAACGGAAUGAGCAGCAGCUACGUUUGGCUACAUACGGACCGUUAGUGGAAUUCCCGCGAGAGAGUAACGGUUAAUGUGAUUGGAUGUUAAUUAUUUGACUAGGCUACCUGUAUUUGACAUUGUGUUGUUAUUUCACUGAACACUAGAUGGUUACAUUUUAUUUUUGGCAGUGAAACGAGGCUACUCAGGUGAGAGAAAAAACAUCACCCAAAUGUAUAUCCCCAUUUGAAAAUCUUAAUGGACUGUUUGAAAAUGUGAAUCACAUUUUUAUUUGGAGUACCCCCGACGGCAUUGCGCGUACCCCUGGGGAUAAGGAUUUUGUCGUGGGAAUGAAAUAUUAUGCCCUGUUUGGAUAGUCUAAAAAAGUGUUUAUAUUUAAUAUGGACAAGCCUAAUAGUAAAUGAAAAAAAAAUCUGCCAUGAACACCUGUAAGGUAAAUGCUGGCCAUGUGUAAUACUGAAUUAUGGCAAUUUUCUGUCAUCUGUAAGUGAGAGGAUCAAAAGGUAUCGUAAGUUUCAGGUAAUUGUUUAUGACACAGUUUUGUUAUGGUUAUGUUAUGUCAGGGGUGUCAAACAUUUGGGCCUGCAGAUUGAUUUCACUUCCUAAUCUCUGCAGUAACAGAAAUGAUCUUCGACACCCCUAUUUGACUCCCCCUUGCUAAGUGACAGUUAGGCAUUUCUAUUAAACUUCAAUAAUUUCUGUACUACUUUUGUCAUGGUUCCUUGAUUCUAUAAAAAUUAACUCUGUAAAAGUUCAAUACAAUCUAUAAUGUUUCAAACCCCCCUAUCUCUGUUGUUUCAGAAGUUGAUGUUACUGGCCAUUAUUUCAUGAUAGUUUGACUGGAACAAUAUAUGUAGUUUUCAUUUUGGGGGAAUGUUGAGCUGGCAUUUACAGUACAGGGGUCCAAUGAGCAUCAGGUUUGUCUGGGGCCCAGAGCCCCAGGGAGAACACACUGUUUGGACUUGGCCCCAGCAGUCUUCACUACUGACGCAAGACUUACGUCAAGAUCAGACCAAGCCCUGGUGUACUGCUCUCUACAGAGUCAUCUUGUUUGCCAAACCAAAGUAAAACAUAAGGUUGCACAACUAGGCUUGACUCAGAAGCUCUCCAUUAAUAAUCAACCAGUCUGUUAAUUACUAAUCAGGGAACAGGGGACACAGUCUCUUUCUAACUGUACUCUGGAGAUAUCCAUCCAGCAACAGAGUGAACACGCCUCCCUGUUCAUCAAAUGCAGUCCAUGAAAGUCCCCUCACAAACAACCCAUGCCAAUAUUCACUUUACGGUUUCAUCGUUCUCUCUUUCGCUGGCGUGAAAGGUAAACACCCUACGCAUCGCACCAAUGGGGUUAACCCACUUGGUGUGAAUUGUAACGUGGCUCAUAUAGAGAGGAUCACUACACGGCCCCCUCCGAACGGGAAGGCACGUCCCCGUGCUUCAACUACUCAGCACCCUCACAUAUCUGUGCAUUCCGUUGGCGUCACGGCAGCCAUCCCACUUCUGACAUCACGGCGGGACAGGGAAGAGAACCCGGGUUGCUGGCAUGAAAGGCAAACACCCUACGCAUCGCACCAAUAGGGUGAACCCACUUGGUAUGAAUUGUAACGUGCCUCAUAUAGCAAGGAUCGCUCCAAUAUACUGUGUUACAAAUACUGACAUAACAGUAAUGAGGAAAAUAAACACAUUUGAAGAAACAUUGAUUGGUUUAAGUUAAAUUUCAUAAUUAGCAGGCCUUCUGUUGAGCCUCAAUUUCAAAAUAUAGGGCUAUUUCAAAAUGUAGCAAUUUUCCAAAUUCAAACGAAAGAAACUCGCCUGCAUAUGAAUUCAGACAUGCUUUAUCUCUGCACAGGGAUAACGUGCUUGUCUUUUCCAGGAAAAUUUGAACUGCUGUUAAUUAAAUAGAGCCAAUAGUUUAUCAGGUGUGAUCAUCAUUUUAAAGUGACAAAAUGGGCUAUAUGAUUUUGCACUAUUGCAAAAGCUUUUUUUUUUUUUUUUUUAUCAGUUAAUCUGAGUGAAGAUGGUUCUAAUAUAUAAAUUGGUUGGAACAAGGUGCUUGCAACACCAGAGUUGUGGGUUUGAUUCUUGCAUGGGCCACAUAACAGCUCAAAGCGUCAGACUAUACUAUUAUUACGUCUAAUUAGUUGUUCUAAUAAGAACGUAGUUCUUCUAGUUAGUUAUUUUGAAGAAAUCCCUAAGUAAAGGUUAAGCACCUAUUAGACCUUUUCCCUGUUGGGGAACUUGAGCAAUACUUAUGAACAUGCUGCAUUUUGAGAAUGGCAUGAAAUUAAUUUAUCCCUUGAGAAAUCAAGACACUAUCCAAAACAUUUGGAAAGAGGAAAUGCCUCUUCCCGGAGAUGUUUUGCAUCAUGGUUGUGUCAUAUGUAUACAAAUCCACAACCCAUCCCUCCCAUCCCUCCCAUCCCACCCAAACCUUUACCUUCUCCAUCAGAGGACAAGUUACAGUGAGGGAAAAAAGUAUUUGAUCCCCUGUUGAUUUUGUACGUUUGCCCACUGACAAAGAAAUGAUCAGUCUAUAAUUUUCAUGGUAGGUUUAUUGGAACAAUGAGAGACAGAAUAACAAGAAAAAAAUCCAGAAAAUCGCAUGUCAACAAUGUUAUAAAUUGAUUUGCAUUGGGAAAUAAAUAUUUGACCCCCUCUCAAUCAGAAAGAUUUCUGGCUCCCAGGUGUCUUUUAUACAGGUAACGAGCUGAGAUUAGGAGCACACUCUUAAAGGGAGUGCUCCUAAUCUCAGCUUGUUACCUGUAUAAAAGACACCUGUCCACAGAAGCAAGCAAUCAAUCAGAUUCCAAACUCUCCACCAUGGCCAAGACCAAAGAGCUCUCCAAGGAUGUCAGGGACAAGAUUGUAGACCUACACAAGGCUGGAAUGGGCUACAAGACCAUCGCCAAGCAGCUUGGUGAGAAGGUGACAACAGUUGGUGCGAUUAUUCGCAAAUGGAAGAAACACAAAAGCACUGUCAAUCUCCCUUGGCCUGGGGCUCCAUGCAAGAUCUCACCUCGUGGAGUUGCAAUGAUCAUGAGAACGGUGAGGAAUCAGCCCAGAACUACACGGGAGAAUCUUGUCAAUGAUCUCAAGGCAGCUGGGACCAUAGUCACCAAGAAAACAAUUGGUAACACACUACGCCGUGAAGGACUGAAAUCCUGCAGCGCCCGCAAGGUCCCCCUGCUCAAGAAAGCACAUAUACAGGGCCGUCUGAAGUUUGCCAAUGAACAUCUGAAUGAUUCAGAGGAGAACUGGGUGAAAGUGUUGUGGUCAGAUGAGACCAAAAUUGAGCUCUUUGGCAUCAACUCAACUCGCCGUGUUUGGAGGAGGAGGAAUGCUGCCUAUGACCCCAAGAACACCAUCCCCACAGUCAAACAUGGAGGUGGAAACAUUAUGCUUUGGGGGUGUUUUUCUGCUAAGGGGACAGGACAACUUCACCACAUCAAAGGGACGAUGGACGGGGCACAGUACCGUCAAAUCUUGGGUGAGAACCUCCUUCCCUCAGCCAGGGCAUUGAAAAUUGGUCGUGGAUGGGUAUUCCAGCAUGACAAUGACCCAAAACACACGGCCAAGGCAACAAAGGAGUGGCUCAAAAAGAAGCACAUUAAGGUCCUGCAGUGGCCUAGCCAGUCUCCAGACCUUAAUACCAUAGAAAAUCUGUGGAGGGAGCUGAAUGUUCAAGUUGCCAAAAGUCAGCCUCGAAACAUUAAUGACUUGGAGAAGAUCUGCAAAGAGGAGUGGAACAAAAUCCCUCCUGAGAUGUGUGAAAACCUGGUGGCCAACUACAAGAAACGUCUGACCUCUGUGAUUGCCAACAAGGGUUUUGCCACCAAGUACUAAGUCAUGUUUUGCAGAGGGGUCAAAUACUUAUUUCCCUCAUUAAAAUGCAAAUCAAUUUAUAACAUUUUUGACAUGCGUUUUUCUGGAUUUUGUUGUUGUUAUUCUGUCUCUCACUGUUCAAAUAAACCUACCAUUAAAAUUAUAGACUGAUCAUGUCUUUGUCAGUGGGCAAACGUACAAAAUCAGCAGGGGAUCAAAUACUUUUUUCCCUCACUGUAGUUCAUGACAUCUAAUUAAUCUUUGGGAUCAUGUAUAUUGUCAUGAAUUGUUCUGUGUGCAUAUCAAGUCUUUGUUUUCUUCAACAUUUCAGAUAUGCAGACAUCAACCAUUCCUCAAGCAGACCACACCGAAAAAUGCAGAAUCUGACCAACCUUCCAGGUAAUGCCACCAAUCAAGGUGUGUGUGGUGAUCCCUUUCUUCUGCAUCUUUCUCUACUGCAUCGUGGUCAUGCUGCACACCUUCGCCUCCCACAGAAAGAUAACUCCCGCUACAUCCUGUUUGCCUACAGUACCAGUCAAAAUUUUGGACACACCUACUCAUUCAAGGAUUUUUCUUUAUUUUUACUAUUUUCUACAUUGUAGAAUAAUAGUGAAGACAUCAAAACUAUGAAAUAACACAUAUGGAAUCAUGUAGUAAACACAAAAGUGUUAAACAAAUCAAAAUAUAUUUUAGAUUUUUGAAAGUAGCCACUGUUUGCCUUGAUGACAACUUUGCACACUCUUGACAAUCUCUCAACCAGCUUCACCUGGAAUGCUUUUUCAACAGUCUUGAAGGAGUUCCACAUAUGCUGAGCACUUGUUGGCUGCUUUUCCUUCACUCUGCGGUACAGCUCAUUCCAAACCAUCUCAAUUGGGGUAAGGAUGGGUGAUUGUGGGGGCCAGGUAAUCUGAUGCAGCACUCCAUCACUCUCCUUCUUGGAGGUGUGUUGGGUCAUUGUCCUGUUGAAAAACAAAUGAUAGUCCCACAAAGCGCAAACCAGAUGGGAUGACAUAUCACUGCAGAAUGCUGUGGUAGCCAUGCUGGUUAAGUGUGCCUUGAAUUCUAAAUAAAUCGCAGACAGUGUCACCAGCAAAGUAUCCCCACACCAUCUCACCUCCUCCUCCAUGCUUCACGGUGGGAACUACACAUGCGGAGAUCAUCCGUUCACCUACUCUGCGUCUCACAAAGACACAGCGGUUGGAACCAAAAAUCUCAAAUUUGGACUCAUCAGACCAAAGGACAGAUUACCACUGGUCUAAUGUCCAUUGCUCGUGUUUCUUGGCCCAAGCAAGUCUCUUCUUAUUAUUGGUGUCCUUUAGUAGUGGUUUCUUUCUUAGCUUAGUGGCUAAGAGCGUUGUGCCAGUAAUCGAAAGGUCGCUGGUUCUAAUCCCCGAGCCGACUAGGUGAAAAAUCUGCCGAUGUGCCCUUGAGCAAGGCACUUAACCCUAAUUGCUCAUGUAAGUCGCUCUGGAUAAGAGCGUCUGCUAAAUGACGUAAAUGUAAAUGUAAUGAAGGCCUGGUUCACGCAGUCUCCACUGAACAGUUGAUGUUGAGAUGUGUCUGUUACUUGAACUCUGUGAAGCAUUUAUUUGGGCUGCAAUUUCUGAGGCUGGUAACUCUAAUGAACUUAUCCUCUGCAGCAGAGGUAACACUGGGUCUUCCUUUCCUGUGGCGGUCCUCACGAGAACCAGUUUCAUCAUAACGCUUGAUGGUUUUUGCGACUGCACUUGAAGAAACUUUCCGGAUUGACUGACCUUCAUGUCUUAAAUUAAUGAUGGACUGUUGUUUCUCUUUGCUUAUUUGAGCUGUUCUUGCCAUAAUAUGGACUUGGUCUUUUACCAAAUAGGGCUAUCUUCUGUAUACCACCCCUACCUUGUCACAACACAACUGAUUGGCUCAAACACAUUAAGAAGGAAAGAAAUUCCACAAAUUAACUUUUAACAAGGCACACCUGUUAAUUGAAAUGCAUUGCAGGUGACUACCUCAUGAAGCUGGUUGAGAGAAUGCCAAGAGUGUGCAAAGCUGUCAUCAAGGCAAAGGGUGGGUACUUUGAACAAUCUUAAAUAUAAAAUAUAUUUUGAUUUGUUUAACACUUUUUUGGUUACUACAUGAUUCCAUAUGUGUUAUUUCAUAGUUUUGAUGUCUUCACUAUUAUUCUACAAUGUAGACAAUAGUAAAAAUAAAGAAAAACUCUGGAAUGAGUAGGUGUGUCCAAACUUUUGACUGGUACUGUACAUGCUGAUCAACGACACUCUGCAGCUCCUCUCCUCUGUCCUCCUCUUCCUCUUCAUUGUGGGCAACGUGAAGUUCUCCAUCGUAUACUGUGCCCCUCUACUCUUCUUCUCCACCUCCACCUUCCAGAACACCCCUCUGAUCCUGGCAGCUAUGUCCCUGGAGCGCUACGUGGCCAUCUUCUACCCUCUGCAGCGCCCGGCCGCCUGGCGCGCUGACCGCAUCUAGAUCAUUAUCCUGAGCCUGUGGCUGGUCAGCUGCAUCCCGCCCCUUGUGGACUUCUCUCUGGGAGAACCUCAGCCUGGCGUGAAUGUCCUCUCCACCCCAGUGCUCUGCAAAACCCUGGUCCUCAACUCAUCCCCCGUCCAGAUGCUGUUCAAGGUGUCGCUCAACGGGCUGUUCUUCGCUGUGUUGGCGGCCAUCAUCAUGUUCACCUACACGAGGAUCAUGCUGGAGACCAGGAAGAUGCAUCAGGACCGGGCGUCGGUGGGCAAGGCCAUGCACACAGUGCUGCUCCACAGCUUUCAGCUGCUGCUGUGCAUGAUCGCCUUCUCCCACCCUGUCACAGAGAGCCUUAUCAGUAUGCACGCUGGAUGGCUGGCCGAGGACAUCUCCUUCAACUACCGGGUUUGGCCGGUGUAGGCCGUCAUUGUAAAUAAGAAUUUGUUCUUAACUGACUUGCCUAGUUAAAUAAAGGUAAAAUAAAUAAAAUAAAAAUUAACUUCUGCUUCAUCCUACUGCCGCGCUUCCUCAGCCCGCUCAUCUAUGGCCUGAGAGAUGAGAGCCUGAGGGGCUACAUGAGGGGAGCUGUCCUGUGCUGCUCAAACAGACACAGGAUCAGCCCCAGAGCCCCGGCCACCAAGCCCAGGGUCAAAUGAACUGGUCCUGAAUUGGAACCACUGGUCAAAUUAAUGUUUUUAUUUGAAUCUGUACAGACUAGUAGCCUGUAUAUGUUAGUCAAUUAAAACAUAUUAAAAUAGUAAAACCCUGGCUGGAUGACAUUCAUUAUGCCAUUAUAAAGGUGUCUCUUUCAAAAACGUAUAUUUAUUGGUUGCUAUCUAAUUAAACGGUACAUUUUUCUUGAAACACGGAGGCUUGCUUUGGAAUAGAGAAGAUUGCUUCACAAUUUGAAAAUACUUUGAGAAACCGUAAACUCGUACGCUAGAUGUCACUAUAAUUCCAAAUGUAUCAAGUGGUGCAACUUGGGUCACUGCACUGGAUGAAUGUGCGCCCAUAGGAAGACGUUCAGUUUCUUUGGCGAAAUAAGAACAUUGAUAUCUAAAGCAGUAAGGGUCAGAUUAUUUGAUAUUCAGAGUUAUUAUAAAACCAUUUAAUGAGACUAAUAUAUGUAGAGUGGAAUGCAGGGACUGGGCACAUUUACGCAUGCCAAUUCCAAAGGGAAACUGUUGCAAUACAUUUUGAGCAUAUCCAAAUCCUAAAAUACCUAAUGUAAUACGAUUGUUCAUUAAUCACGCAACUUCAUAUAUGAGAUUGUUAUAGUUGAACCAUUCCUGAUGACAGAUGAUGUGAAGUGGUGAAAACUGACGUCUCAGGUGUGAGCGGCGUGCACUGUUGAGAAAGAACAUUGCGGAGAUUCACACAGAACGGCAGGACCGAGCAAAGCUUUCCUGUAGGGCAGGAUUCAGUGGUUUCAAACAAGAAACUGCGCUACAUUUAAUACAUUUAAAGCAAGAACCAUUGAUAGAGAUUAGAUAUGACAAAAAAUCCAGCGCAAGCAUAGGCUAAUUUUAAACGUCAUCGAGGGCAUCAUACGCGAACAAAAUGCAAUAUUAUGUGAAAUCCAUUUACUCAGUCUGUGUUAUAAUCAAUAUGAUUUUGAUUCCAUUAUCUUUUGGUGAGAUGUAUACGUCAUUAUUGAACGUCAAACAAGCCAUAAAUGUUGAAAGACAACUUAUUGAUCAUUUAGAAACUUACAUCGAACACGAAUCGGAGAGACUUGAAGACAUCAAAAGGUGAGUAACAGACAGGGAACAUUGUCAUGAUGCACGUGGGCUUGAUAGCCUAUCACUCAUUUAUAUUGUAGGCUUAAUCAUUAAGGCUUUAGAGUGGGUGGUUUUAGAAAGAGAGAGAACAAAUUAAGCUAAAUCAUUGUGUCUAAGAAUUAGUAAGCCAUAUGUUUGGGCUAUGUGUCCUUUAUUGUAUGUUGUUCCAUAUAAUUUCAUGAUAGGCUACUAUUAUCUUCUUACUUAGGCCUUUGUAUUCCUUGCUGAACAUAUGCCUCGAUGAAUCGCCUCCAUCCUUUAGGUAACUUUAGAAGGAACUUAACAUUAUAAUGACUAAUUACUAAUGUUAAGUUCCUUCUAAAACCUAUUAUAAACUCAAGAUGCAUUCUAUACUGAUUUAGGAGGCAGUUUGAUUUCCAUGGAAAACCUUAUGCAUAUAUCAUUGCAUGGCUGUCUCCCCCCUGUCCAUCUAUCAUGGUAUCACCUUGAUGUAUUCUCUCUAAACCUUUAACACUUUUAGAAUCUUUCUGCAGGUUUUAUGCAAAGGUGUCAGACUUGCACAGUGAGGUGUACAAUGGACCAUCCGCUGCUAUAGCAAACCCCUUGGUGGCGUUCACUCUUAUCAAGCGCUUGCAGUCCGAGUGGCUGAAUCUGAUCUACAGUGAUGAAGCACAAGAGAACACCCAAGGUUGUUUCCCUUUACGACUCUCUUUAAACACAUCUGGUCCUUACAACUGACAUAAGCAAGCCUCUGUGUUUCAAGAAAAAUGUACGACAUAAGUUGGGGGACAUAAGUUUCACAGGUCCAUCCCCCGCUUCUUGUGUCCUGUCGUCACCUCACCCCCCACUCCCCCCCCCCCCCCCCCCCCCCCCCCCCCGUGUUGUGUUUCAGCCUUCAGGUCUGGUUAUGAGGAGGUGGAGGAGGAGGGCAGCUUGCCAAAACUGGAGGACCUUCAGGGAGCUGCCAAGGGGCUGAUGAGACUGCAGGAUGUGUAUGCCCUUCAAGUGGGGGGACUUGUGAGAGGUCACUUCCAGAGGAUCUCUAACGGCAACCCCAUUGACAUCUACAGUCCCACAGUAUCUGUUUCUCUUUCUGGGGAUGACUGCUUCCUGGUUGGGAAGGUAAGCCACCAAUAAAUCACCCAUUUAAUCAUUGGCUGCACCAGAUUCUCCACUCUUCUCCUGAAGUGUGCACUUGCACUCUAUCUCGCAUGGAUCUAACAAUGAUGGAAGCUCCCUCCAGCCAAUGGUUACACACAUCCCACGCGUAAACUGAACAGGCAUAAGCACUCCUUCAUUCCCAUGUCCAUCAUACCUGAACGUCAAUAGUACGCCACUGACUGAAUAAGGGAAUGUACAAUAUGUAUUAUGUACAGGAUGUGGCUAUAUGAGAAGUGUGUAUGAUAAGGGUAAUGUGCAAUGCAUGUAUUGUGUUGAGUGUGUAAUGUACAGUGUCUUUUGUAUACAGCAGUACACUGUGUGUCCAAGACAAUUUCCCCCCUGUGGACAUUAAAGUUAAUCCUAUACCAUGUUUUUAAAUCCAUGAUGGGGAUUGUGCAAGUGCACACUUCUGGAAAAGGGUGGAGAAAAGGGAUGCAGCCUUUAUGGCUUCAUUUUACUCAGCUCACUAUGGGGGAGGAAGGGGCAACCAAAAGGGAAUCCCUGCUUACAUUGCACUCUCUAAACUGUCAACUGGAGAUGUGCUAAUGGAGUCAUGGAGAAGAGGGGGGCAUGUAACCGGAGGAGUGUUAGGCUGCUGGGCAGAUUAUGCUGUGAGAUCUGGCUUCCCUGAUUAGCAUCCCAUACCAGAAGACCAUAAAACAUAGUUUUGUCAUACUCUGUGGUUAGAGGGAGUAAAGUCCUCUCCCUGUCUGUCAAGGGAAUUCAUAUCAUGGUAUCACCUUAGGGUGAUGUAUUCACUCAGACAAAUUUGAAAAAGGGUGCAUGAUGUGCAUCCCAAAUGGCAGCCUAUUCCCCUAUGGCAGCCUAUUCCCUAUUUACUGCACUACAUUUGACCAGAUCCCUAUGGGUCCUGGUCAAAAGUAGUGCACUAUAAAGGGAAUAGGGUGACAUUUGGAAGACGGACGAAGUCUUCCUCAUGAUGAAUCACUCCACAAUGGAUCCUACUGUUUAUGUACAGUGGCAGUGCACAAGGAGCACUGUGUGGGAGAGACAGUAUGGAAAAUACAUAAUCUCUGUUUAGGGAAGUCUAAGAAUGUGGAGUAAUGGCCUUUGCCUUUACUUGUGUUAACACCAGUCUCUGUUUGGGGUGUUACAUGCAGUAACAGUUCUACAACUGCACUUUUAUGGUGGCUAAAACCUAGUCGUUAAAACCAGCAGGGUUAGCUAAGGAUUAGCUUUAUUUCUCACAUUUCCGGGGCCCGUACAAAGCCUCAGCCACCAUCAACAAUCAUGACUGUAAGUCGCUUUGGAUAAAAGCGUCUGCUAAAUGGCAUAUUAUUAUUAUUAUUAUUAUUAUUAUUAUAGUGCUACAUUUACUUUAUAAAGCUCUCUCUUCUCUUCAGCUCUAGAUGUGGGAGAAUGAUAUUUACAAUGCUAAAAAGGUUUUUACUCUUUCCUUCCAAAAUAUAUUUUGAGCAUGGGUGUAUGACUUUUCAGGAAAAUAAUGUCUCAAUUUGUCGUCAUAAAAGCUUUCUGUUGUUUUCUAAUGCUAACAUCCUGUGGUGUUGUAUUGUAGGUUGCCUAUGAGCUGGAGGACUACUACCACUCAGUGCAGUGGCUGGAGGAGUCAGUGCGUCUUUUCCGAGGGGCAGGGGGGGAAUGGAGCCCAGAGAAUGAGGGAACUCUUGAAGAUGCUCUGGAUCACCUGGCCUUCUCUCACUUCAAGGUGUGUCUAUUUUGCACAUAGAAAUACAAGUUAUUCUGAUUUUGAGUAUGAUUAUUUUCAAAAUAGAUAGACCUACUGGUUGAAAAUAGUAUUUGUAGAGAGAAGAUGUGAUUAUUUUAGCAUUUGUUGACCAACUUUUACUUUUUUGUUUUGUUUCAGACAGGAAACAUCUCCUAUGCACUGAGUCUCUCUCAGGAGUUGUUGAACCAUGGUAAGCCUGUUCAGUUAAAACAUCCCACUAUACUGUGGCCUGGGGUGGUCCAGCGGUCUAAACUGCUGCCUCUGGAUCACACAUACUAUGUUCCGUUGCGAGCAUGGGUUAUACUCCGACCCACUACUCCUUCCUUUCUCUUUAUCCUGUCCAAUAAACAUAACAUUCUGAAAGGAGUGGGACUGCCCCACUGCAUAAAAAAACAUCCCACUACUGUCCCACAGUAUAUAGAGGCAGCCUGGUCACCAUCUGCUUUGUAUAUCAGCCUAUUUCCCCAUACGGUAGCUGAACCCUGAAGUACUGUAUACUUACUGUUCAUAAUGCAGACGUGGACCUGGACCUUUCAAUGCAGGCCUCUUUUAAUAAAAGUACAUACAUUGACCAGGAAAACAUCUGUACUGCUCGCUUGUUUGUAUUUUACCUACUAGGCACUGUGAUUUGUUUCUCCAAACUCAUGGUAUCAUAUUGAUGGUAUUUACAUGAUUCCCUUCCUGAAGAUCCCAUGAACGGGAGAGUUUUGAAGAAUGUAGAGAAGUAUGAGCGACUGCUUGUUGACAGUCCACCAUUACUGAGCGCUAACACUGGGUUGAAGAGGCCCAACACCACCUAUCUACGGACAAGGAACACCUACGAGAGACUGUGUCGGACACAGGGCAGUCAGGUAUACUCAUCUAUGAUAUUAUAAUCUCAUCCACCCAGCCGGCUAUAUGCUGUAGCAUUUGAGUGAUCAAAUCAAAUUUGAUUUGUCACAUGCGCCGAAUACAACAGGUGUAGACCUUACAGUGAAAUGCUUACUUACAAGCCCUUAACCAACAAUGCAGUUUUAAGAAAGAAUACCAAAAAAAUCACACAAAAAUAAUAUGUUAAAUAAUAUGAAAUAAAAGUAACAAAUAAUUAAAGAGCAGCAGUAAAAAUAACAGUAGCGAGGCUAUAUACAGGGGGUACCGGUACUGAGUCAAUGUGCGGGGGCACCGGUUAGUCGAGGUGAUUGAGGUAAUAUGUACAUGUAGGUAGAGUUAUUAAAGUGACUAUGCAUAGAAAAUAUACAGAGAGUAGCAGCAGUGUAAAAGAGGGAGGGGGAGGGGGAGGGGGGUGGGGAGCAAUGCAAAUCUGGGUAGCCAUUUGAUUAGAUGUUCAGGAGUCUUAUGGCUUGGGGAUAGAAGGUGUUUAGAAGCCUUUUGGACCUAGACUUGGUGUUCCGGUACCGCUUGCCGUGCGGUAGCAGAGAGAACAGUAUGACUAGGGUGGCUGGAGUCUUUGACAAUUUUUAGGGCCUUCCUCUGACACCGCCUGGUAUAGAGGUCCUGGAUGGCAGGAAGUUUGGCCCCAGUGAUGUACUGGGCCGUACGCCCUACUCUCUGUAUUGCCUUGCGGUCGGAAGCCGAGCAGUUGCCAUACCAGGCGGUGCUGCAACCAGUCAGGAUGCUCCUGAUGGUGCAGCUGUAGAACCUUUUGAGGAUCUGAGGACCCAUGCCAAAUCUUUUCAGUCUCCUUUGGGGGAAUAGGUUUUGUCGUGCCCUCUUCACGACUGUCUUGGUGUGCUUGGACCAUGUUAGUUUGUUGGUGAUGUGGACACCAACAAACUAACAUUUGCUUUUAGAAAUGCUCCAAACAGCAACUGAAAUCAUACUGUCCUUUUUAAAUGUAUGAAACCAUAUGAACCACCAUAUGUGGAAAACAGAGAUUUGGCUACAGUCUGGAGCUCACAGAGAGAGAAAAUAUUUGUAAAGUUCUGAGGAUGAAAAUAAAAUAAUGCUGCUUUCUUUCCAUGUUUUGGCUCCAGUAAUGGACUUCAGAUGCCCUUCUCUCCUCACAGCCAACGCAUUAUGAAAACCCCCGGCUGUUCUGUGACUAUUUUAACAAUGACAGUCCUGGGCUGCAACUGCAGCCAAUCAGACGUGAGGUGCUGAGCCUGCAGCCGUACGUGGUCCUCUACCACAGCUUCAUCACUGACUCAGAGGCAGAGAGCAUCAGGGACCUCGCCCAGACAGGGGUGAGUGUCUAUCUACUGCCAUGGUGUCACCCCUUUUACGCAGAAAAGGCCUAUCGGGAAGUAUGUAUCAAGCGUCUCGGAUAAGAAGUGCUGAUCUAGGAUCCAGUCCUCCCUGUCCAGUCUUAUUCAUUAUGAUCUAAAAGGCUAAACUGAUCCUAAAUCAGCCAUCCAACUCUGAGACGCUUGAUACAUAUAGCCCCAGAUUCCAUUGUCAUUGUCAUUACAUUGAUUCUGAUUACCACAUUCACAUUCCAAGUCCAUUGAAAAUGAUGUGUAUUUUAAAUAACAUAACUGAUAGAAGAGACCCCCCUGUGUCAUGAUUAGUUUUUGCACAUCUGAAGGAUUAUUAAAUGUGUUACAUGUCAACUGCCUAUUUUCUGUAUUUUAUGACUCCAGUAAAGAUUGUGCAAGAGAAUGACUACACACAGAACACUAUUCAUUUAGGCUCUGCUGGGAUAACGGUUAUUUUAGGAAAUUUCCAAUCAGCUAUCUUUUUUUCCCUGUGGUCUGGCCGCUUAGACUGCCACUGAGGUGCUAGUUUUUCACCCGAGUAACAGUUACAGCUUAGAUUACAUUGGCAGGCAAUGAUUUUCAUCAUAUAUUAAUCUUUCUAUACUUGCAUGUUUGUGAUCUCAAAUAUUUCAUAUAUCAAGGGCUUUAGAAAGGCUCAGUCUCUGUUCUGUGACCUGGUUGCAAUAUUUACAAUAUAAAAAAAUAUUUACAAUCUGAUAAUGCAUGCCAAAAAUAGCUAAAAUAUGUCCAUCAAGCUGGUUUGAAAAAAGAACGUCUGAGUGAAUUGCCUUUGCUUUGUACUGAUGGGCUCAUUGUAAUGACUGGAAUUGACUUCGCGCCAUUUAUUCAAUUUCAGCCAUUACAAUGAGACCGUCCUCCUAUAACUCCUCCCACCAGCCUCCACUGGCUGACUGUUUUUCUGGCUAGAUGCUGUAACCCAAAUUAUCUCCUAGAUUGUGUGAUGUUUUGGCACUGUUCAACAGGUUUUCCACCCCUUCUUCAAAUGGAAAUCGCUCCACUUAUUUCACCAUUAUGUCAACAUUUCAUGGCGCUCUGGUGGGUUGAUUAAAACCAGGCCUGGGCUGUGUCUCAAAUUGCACCUUAUUCCUUAUAUAGUGCACUACAAAAGUAGCACACUAUAUAGGGAAUAGGGUUCCAUUUGGGACUCACAUCUGGAGUAUUAGUCAUUUGGAGCCUGGAGCAUAUGCAGCACUCCUUGCCCUGAGCACAUAGACACAUACGUCAUUGCCUGAGCAUGGUAUUCAUGUGUUCAUGCUUGGCUCCAAGGGUUUAGUAUUAGCUGUCUAGUCCAAAGUAUUUAGAGAGGGUGUAGAUAGAAAUGCCAGUCAAGUAUUUCCAUCAGACACGGCUUCAUUGGAAAAUUACUGUGGUUGCCAGUUGUUGAGUUUUAACGUUGUUCUUUUUUGUAUGUUAUUUACUGUGCUCUUUUGGAUGUUCUCUUCUCUAUCCUCACAUCAUUCAUGUUUCUCUUGUCAGACAGAGCCUUGCAAUUUGAUCCUAAAAAGUUAAUGCUGUAUAAAAUCAUUGAGUAUUGACAGUUUUCUUUCUUCUUGUGCCAUAAGUUAAGGAGAUCUGUGGUGGCAUCUGGAGAGGAACAGGCUACUGCAGAGUAUCGCAUCAGCAAGAGGUACUACUAUCAGAGAGAUGUCACUAUUAAAUGUAUAGUUUACAGUUCCUUCUCAUAACACUUAAAGCAGUAAUAAAAGCACCAGCAGAACAAUGCACCCUCACAGCAACCAGUGAAUAUACUGUAUAACACUAUAAAAUGCUUGGGCAAAUGUUAUGGUGCACACAUGAUUUUCUGGCUUAUUAGCUAUAACAUGUAAUAGUUAACUGUGGGAUAAACUGUAACCUUUGAAUGGAAAGUAGCUGAACACCUCUGGAAUCUACAGUAUCAGUGGAAGAGGAAUUGUACAUCAUUGUCUUACGUCAGGUAGGACGACGAGUCCAUCUGCACUGAUCGGUUGAGGACUGCACAUCAUGUAGGAAUGACGUCACUUGUCAAAAGACAAUGAGUACAUAGCAUCAUGUCGAACUCAAACCAAGACAGUAACAUUAUCUGUAUUAUGAGAGUUUGUGGUUUGUUUUUCAGUGCAUGGCUAAAGGAGACAGCCCACCCUAUCAUUGGGAGGCUGGACCAGAGAAUCACCUUGCUCACAGGUCUCAAUGUGCAGCCUCCGUAUGCAGAGUACCUCCAAGUGGUGAACUAUGGGAUUGGAGGACACUAUGAACCUCAUUUUGACCAUGCAACGGUGAGUGGGUUUCUCUAUCUUUAGAACAGUAGAUCUUGAAUAAACCCUACAUUUACUACAUUAAUAAACACUUGAUGCAAUAGUGUACCCUCAUUUCAUGUGUUAGUGUUGAGUGAUGGUCUGUUAGUGUUGAGUGAACAUUUUGUAGGUUUAAUGCUUAUUUCCUGAAAUUCUACACAUUUUGUCAUGGGUGCAGAGAAAAUUUUGCAGUUUUAAAGCUCAUUGUCUUGCAAUUCUAUACAUUUUGCCAUGUCUAAUGUGUAGUCAUGUGAUAUUUGAGUGACUCGAACAUUACUCCAAAAUCUAUAGGCUAAAAAACCUAGCUAAAAAACGUUAGUUGAUAUGGGCUAGUUGAUAUGGACUUUUCUGACAAGUUAUAAAUAGCUCUCUAAGGUCUGCAAUGACUGACAUGGCAAGAGGAAAACUGAUAAUGCACUACCCAAUUUCGAUAUUGCACGUUGUGCAUUCUACUAUUACAACUUAUUUUGGGGAGGGGGACCCGCGCUCCCCGCACCCCCUGCCGGGCCUCCCCACCGUUUGGGAACCACUGCCCUAGUACACUACUGUUGACCAGGGCCCAUAGUGCUCUGAUCGAAAGUAAUGCUCUAUACAGGGGAAUAGGGUGCCAUUUGAGAAGUAGCCAUGGUCUUCGGCGGCAACGUAAGGACAUUAUAUACAGUACCAGUCAAAAGUUUGGACACACCUACUCAUUCAAGGGUUUUUCUUUAUUUUUACUAUUUUCUACAUUGUAUAAUAAUAGUGAAGACAUCAAAACUAUGAAAUAACACAUGUGGAAUCAUGUAGUAACCAGAAAAGUGUUAAACAAAUCAAAAUAUAUUUUAUAUUUGAGAUUCUUCAAAUAGCCACCCUUUGCCUUGAUGACAGCUUUUCACACUCUUGGCAUUCUCUCAACCAGCUUCACCUGGAAUGCUUUUCAACAGUCUCGAAGGAGUUCCCACAUAUGCUGAGCACUUGUUGGCUGCUUUUCCUUCACUCUGCCGUCCGACUCAUCCCAAACCAUCUCAAUUGGGUUGAGGUCGUGGGAUUGUGGAGGCCAGGUCAUCUGAUGCAGCACUUUAUCACUCUCCUUCCUGGUAGAAUAGCCCUUACACAGCCUGGAGGUGUGUUGGGUCAUUGUUCUGUUGAAAAACAAAUGAUAGUCCCACUAAGCCCAAACCAGAUGGGAUGGUGUAUCGCUGCAGAAUGCUGUGGUAGCCAUGCUGGUCAAGUGUGCCUUGAAUUCUAAAUAAAUCACAGACCGUGUCACCAACAAAGCACCCCCACACCAUAACACCUCCUCCUCCAUGCUUUACAGUGGGAACUACACAUGCAGAGAUCAUCCGUUCACCCACACCACGUCUCACAAAGACACGGCGGUUGGAACCAAAAAUCUCAAAUUUGGACUCCAGACCUAAGGACAACUUUCCACCUGUCUAAUGUCCAUUGCUCGUGUUUCUUGGCCAAAGCAGGUCUCUUCUUCUUAUUGGUGUCCUUUAGUAGUGCUUUCUUUGCAGCGAUUCGACCAUGAAGGCCUGAUUCACACAGUCUCCUCUGAACAGUUGAUGUUGAGAUGUGUUUGUGACUUGAACUCUGUGAAGCAUUUAUUUGGACUGCAAUUUCUGAGGCUGGUAACUCUAAUGAACUUAUCCUCUGCAGCAGAGGUAACUCUGGGUCUUCCAUUCCUGUGGUGGUCCUCAUGAGAGCCACUUUCAUCAUAGCGCUUGAUGGUUUUUGCAACUGCGCUUGAAGAAACGUUCAAAGUCUUUUAAUUUUCCGUAUUGACUGACCUUCAUGUCUUAAAGUAAUGAUGGACUGUGGUUUCUCUUUGCUUAUUUGAGCUGUUCUUGCCAUAAUAUGGACUUGGUCUUUUACCAAAUCUUCUGUAUACCACCCCUACCUUGUCACAACACAACUGAUUGGCUCAAAUGCAUUAAGAAGGAAAGAGAUUCCACAAAUUAACUUUUAAGAAGUCACACCUGUUAAUUGAAAUGCAUUCCAGGUGACUACCUCAUGAAGCUGGUUGAGAGAAUGCCAAGUGUGCAAAGCUGUCAUCAAGGCAAAGGGUGGCUAUUUGAAGAAUCUCAAAUAUAAAAUAUAUUUUGAUUUGUUUAUCACUUUUUUGGUUACUACAUGAUUCCAUAUGUGUUAUUUCAUAGUUUUGAUGUCUUCACUAUUAUUCUACAAUGUAAAAAUUUGUAAAAAUAAAAAAAAACGCUUGAAUGAAUAGGUGUGUCCAAACUUUUGACUGGUAGUGUAUUUAUGAUGACUAUUUCCUACAUGUAACCAGUCAGCAUCAAGCCCCCUUUUUAGGCUCAACACUGGGAAUCGAGUGGCAACCUUCAUGAUAUACGUAAGUUAAUAAUUGGUUUUGUUUUAUCCUAUUAUACAGUGGGGGAAAAAAAUUUUUAGUCAGCCACCAAUUGUGCAAGUCUUCCCACUUAAAAAGAUGAGAGAUGCCUGUAAUUUUCAUCAUAGGUACACGUCAACUAUGACAGACAAAUUGAGAAUAUUUUUUCCAGAAAAUCACAUUGUAGGAUUUUUAAUGAAUUUAUUUGCAAAUUAUGGUGGAAAAUAAGUAUUUGGUCACCUACAAACAAGCAAGAUUUCUGGCUCUCACAGACCUGUAACUUCUUCUUUAAGAGGCUCCUCUGUCCUCCACUCGUUACCUGUAUUAAUGGCACCUGUUUGAACUUGUUAUCAGUAUAAAAGACACCUGUUCACAACCUCAAACAGUCAAACUCCAAACUCCACUAUGGCCAAGACCAAAGAGCUGUCAAAGGACACCAUAAACAAAAUUGUAGACCUGCACCAGGCUGGGAAGACUGAAUCUGCAAUAGGUAAGCAGCUUGGUUUGAAGAAAUCAACUGUGGGAGCAAUUAUUAGGAAAUGGAAGACAUACAAGACCACUGAUAAUCUCCCUCGAUCUGGGGCUCCAUGCAAGAUCUCACCCCGUGGGGUCAAAAUGAUCACAAGAGCGGUGAGAAAAAAUCCCAGAACCACACGGGGGGACCUAGUGAAUGACCUGCAGAGAGCUGGGACCAAAGUAGCAAAGCCUACCAUCAGUAACACACUACGCCGCCAGGGACUCAAAUCCUGCAAUGCCAGACGUGUCCCCCUGCUUAAGCCAGUACAUGUCCAGGCCCGUCUGAAGUUUGCUAGAGUGCAUUUGGAUGAUCCAGAAGAGGAAUGGGAGAAUGUCAUAUGGUCAGAUGAAACCAAAAUAUAUUUUUUUGGUAAAAACUCAACUCGUCGUGUUUGGAGGACAAAGAAUGCUGAGUUGCAUCCAAAGAACACCAUACCUACUCUGAAGCAUGGGGGUGGAAACAUCAUGCUUUGGGGCUGUUUUUCUGCAAAGGGACCAGGACGACCGAUCCAUGUAAAGGAAAGAAUGAAUGGGGCCAUCCUCCUUCCAUCAGCAAGGGCAUUGAAGUUGAAACGUGGCUGGGUCUUUCAGCAUGACAAUGAUCCCAAACACACCGCCCGGGCAACGAAGGAGUGGCUUCGUAAGAAGCAUUUCAAGGUCCUGGAGUGGCCUAGCCAGUCUCCAGAUCUCAACCCCAUAGAAAAUCUUUGGAGGGAGUUGAAAGUCUGUGUUGCCCAGCGACAGCCCCAAAACAUCACUGCUCUAGAGGAGAUCUGCAUGGAGGAAUGGGCCAAAAUACCAGCAACAGUGUGUAAAGACUUACAGAAAACGUUUGACCUGUGUCAUUGCCAACAAAGGGUAUAUAACAAAGUAUUGAGAAACUUUUGUUAUUGACCAAAUACUUAUUUUCCACCAUAAUUUGCAAAUAAAUUCAUUAAAAAUCCUACAAUGUGAUUUUCUGGAUUUUUUUUUCUCAUUUUGUCUGUCAUAGUUGACGUGUACCUAUGAUGAAAAUUACAGGCCUCUCAUCUUUUUAAGUGGGAGAACUUGCACAAUUGGUGGCUGACUAAAUACUUUUUUUUCCCCACUGUAUGUGCAUGCUUGUCUCAUUUGUGGAUAUACAGUAAAGGCAUCUUUGGAGAUACUGUAUGCUAGAUUGCAUCAAUCAGCAUCAGAAUUCAGUAUUUUCUUAUUGAAAUUGCGAUGAGAUGUCAAACUUCCAGUUAAGGCGGUAUGGAAAAGAAUGUCUGCUUGUGAGAUUUGGACAAACUCCACACUCUGUAUUCCGGCACGGAUGGCUUUUUUAUGACAUGUGUGCACAGUGGCUAGACUAGACACAACUCAGUGAGAAUGUUGUCAUCCUCCACAGCUCAGCUCUGUGGACGCAGGUGGGUCCACAGCCUUCAUCCAUGCUAAUUUCAGCGUUCCUGUUGUGGAGGUAAAUGCACUGCACACAUCAGCUGCUGGCUAAACUUGGUCUGUGUCACAAAUGGCACCCUAUUCCCUACAUAGUGCUCUAAUUUUUACCAGACUGUUUGACAAAAGGAGUGCACUAUAUAGGAAAUAGGGUGCUAUUUGCGGCAUUGCCUUAAUCUUCUUCUGUUUACCCAUCGAAAUUGCUUCAAGCCAGAACACGUACGCUCAUAAGCCUUCACUCUGUGCAGCUGUUAAAAUGGCAUCAAGAAUAAUAAGAGAUUCCUUCCUCAGAAAGGUCACAUCAUUUCUUAAGAUGUUUUGAGGAGUACUGUUCUUAUGACUGUAGGCCUGUUGAGUAAAGAGGAGCCAUAGGCUGUGUCCCAAAUGGCACCCAAUUCCCUUUAUAUUGUACUACUUUUGACCAGGGCCCUUGUCAAAAGCAGUAAAUUAUAUAGGGAAUCCGAUGCCAUUUGGGAUGCAGCCACAGUGUAGUGUUUGGUUUAAUAAAUGAGCUGCUGUUGAAAAGACACAGGGCCUCACCAGGUUUUAACCUCUCAACCUGGAUUUUAUUGAGGUUUCACUUCCUGCCUCAAGUGUUGGAAAAAAUCUCUCUCACUGGGCACCCUUUCCUCCAUAUCCAUGUCAAAGAUGUUGUACUUGUAGCAUAGCUAUGCACGUGGGAUUUUAACAUACACGUAUACAAAAUAAAAUGUUAAUGGAGGAACAAUGGUUUAGGAUUGUCAAGUAGAGGAGUAGACCAUACAAAUUACCGGCACAAUAGUGGCCCACACAAAAUCCAAGCACGAUUUUAAAAUGUUUCUUUCCAAUGUUUUUAGUGACACAUUUCCAAUGUCUCUCGUGUUCCAGAAUGCUGCCCUCUUCUGGUGGAACCUCCAUAGGAACGGUCAAGGAGAUGGGGACACUCUGCAUGCUGGCUGCCCUGUCCUUGUUGGGGACAAAUGGGGUAAGAGGCUUUAAUGGGACAUCCAGGAACUCCACAUAGUUCCUAUAGAAAAACACACAGGUACAGUGAGCAGUGUCAGAUGUGGAAAGCUAAGUACCCUACGUCUAUUCCAGUAGCCCGUCUGUCAUACUGAAGUCACAGCAGGAGCCCGGGGCCACAUCUGCACUGCAUUACACAGAUAGAGUUAGGGACGAUAUAGAGAGGAGGUCAGGCAUUGAGCAGUGCUCUGGGAUGCUAAAUAUGUGCGCCUCCAUUCAACAUAAUUUAACUCCAUCCUGGAUCCCACAGUCAGUGACAAGGCUAAAGGAACCGCACAGAGAGGGGUAUUAGUCAUUACUGUGAGUGGCUGCAUCUGAGAGACAUUUACAGGAGCAAGUAUAUACUUUUUUUACUGUGUGUUCAUAUAUUUGUAGAUUAUAACAAAGAAAUAGGGCCCCAUUUCCCAUUAUUGAUGGCUCUAUACAAGGGAUCUAUAUAUACAGUUGAAGUCGGAGAUUUACAUAUACCUUAGCCAAAUACAUUUAAACUCAGUUUUUCACAAUUCCUGACAUUUAAUCCUAGUAAAAAUUCCCUGUCUUAGGUCAGUUAGGAUCACCACUUUAUUUUAAGAAUGUGAAAUGUCAGAAUAAUAGGAGAGAGAAUUAUUUAUUUUAGCUUUUAUUUAUUUCAUCACAUUCCCAGUGGGUCAGAAGUUUACAUACACUCAAUUAGUAUUUGGUAGCAUUGCCUUUAAAUUGUUUAACUUGGGUCAAACGUUUCGGGUAGCCUUCCACAAGCUUCGCACAAUAAGUUGGGUGAAUUUUUGCCCAUUCCUCCUGACAGAGCUGGUGUAACUGAGUCAGGUUUGUAGGCCUCCUUGCUCGCACACGCUUUUCCAGUUCUGCCCACAUUUUCUAUAGGAUUGAGGUCAGGGCUUUGUGAUGGCCACUCCAAUACCUUGACUUUGUUGUCCUUAAACCAUUUUGCCACAACUUUGGAAGUAUGCUUGGGUUCAUUGUCCAUUUGGAAGACCCAUUUUGCGACCAAGCUUUAACUUCCUGACUGAUGUCUUGAGAUGUUGCUUCAAUAUAUCCACAUAAUUUUCCUUCCUCAUGAUGCCAUCUAUUUUGUGAAGUGCACCAGUCCCUCCUGCAGCAAAGCACCCCCACAGCAUGAUGCUGCCACCCCCGUGCUUCACGGUUGGGAUGUUGUUCUUCGGCUUGCAAGCCACCCUCUUUUUCCUCCAAACAUAACGAUGGUCAUUAUGGCCAAACAGUUCUAUUUUUGUUUCAUCAGACCAGAGGACAUUUAUCCCAAAAGUACGAUCUUUGUCCCCAUGUGCAGUUGCAAACCGUAGUCUGGCCUUUUUAUGGCGGUUUGGAGCAGUGGCUUCUUCCUUGCUGAGCGGCCUUUCAGGUUAUGUCGAUAUAGGACUCGUUUUACUGUGGAUAUAGAUACUUUUGUACCUGUUUCCUCCGGCAUCUUUACAAGGUCCUUUGCUGUUGUUCUGGGAUUGAUUUGCACUUUUUGCACCAAAGUACGUUUAUCUCUAGGAUACAGAACGCGUCUCCUUCCUGAGCGGUAUGACGGCUGCGUGGUCCCAUGGUGUUUAUACUUGCGUACUAUUGUUUGUACAGAUGAACGUGGUACCUUCAGGUGUUUGGAAAUUGCUCCCAAGGAUGAACCAGACUUGUGGAGGACUACCAUUUUUUUCUGAGGUCUUGGCUGAUUUCUUUUGAUUUUCCCAUGAUUUCAAGCAAAGAGGCACUGAGUUUGAAGGUAGGCCUUGAAAUACAUCCACAGGUACACCUCCAAUUGACUCAAAUGAUGUCAAUUAGCCUAUCAGAAGCUUCUAAAGCCAUGACAUCAUUUUCUGGAAUUUUCCAAGCUGUUUAAAGGCACAGUCAACUUAGUGUAUGUACAUUUCUGACCCACUGGAAUUGUGAUACAGAGAAUUAUAAGUGAAAUAAUCUGUCUGUAAACAAUUGUUGGAAAAAUUACUUGUGUCAUGCACAAAGUAGAUGUCCUAACCGACUUGCCAAAACUAUAGUUUGUUAACAAGACAUUUGUGGAGUGGUUGAAAAACAAGUUUUAAUGACUCCAAUCUAAGUGUAUGUAAACUUCCGACUUCAACUGUAUAUAAAAAUGUUUGUCUACACUUUUAGGGGGUUUUAAUGUCAGUGAAUAUUUAACGACUCCUUUUUACACACCUGUAUAUUAUAUUUUAUGUUUGUUUGACUACUGUGUGACAUACACCACUAACACAUACUCUCUGUUGUCCAUGCCGUGUUCUAGUGGCUAACAAAUGGAUCCAUGAGCACGGCCAGGAGUUCCAGAGACGCUGCAGCCCCAAUCCUGAGGAGUGAGAGGGGAGAAAGCAACUGCUGGGACCGCUUGGAGUACAAGAACCAGCCUCCACAAUGGAGCCGCGCGCGCCACGCAGGCAGAGAGAGGGAGGGAACGAGAGAGGGAAUGAGAGAGGAGGGGAAGGCAGCUAAAGAGCAGCCUGCAUCUGUGAUUGGAACUUCAGGCCCAAGGGAAGGAGGAGCACAGACACUGCUGGAGGGGGCUGGAAUGGCAGCGGGC